AUGGCGACCGACAGCAUUCCUACCCUCGCCAUUCCCGGCACAGUCUUGGGCCCUACCAGCAAGUACGCUCCUGGCCCGGGCACGCACGUAUAUGGAGGCAAUGUCGUGUCCUCGCUGCUGGGCAACGUCUCCGUCACAGCGCCGGCCAAGGCUCCUGGCCCGGUCAAGCGAUUGAACAAGAUCACGGCUCCCACUGCCGAGGAGCUGUCGACCAUCUCUGUCGUCAGGCGCGGCCGCAAGCGAGAGGUUCUGCCAGACGUCGGCAACAUCGUCCUGGCGCGCGUGGUCCGUCUCAUGCCGAAGCAGGCCAUUGUAGUCAUCCAGCAGGUCGGCAGCACGGUUCUUCAGACGGAGUGGCAGGGCGUGAUACGGGUGCAGGAUGUGAGGGCAACGGAGCAAGACAAGGUUAAGAUCCACGAGUCAUUCAAGCCUGGCGAUAUUGUUCGGGCCCAAGUGAUCUCCUUGGGCGACCAAGCCAACUAUUACCUCUCUACGGCAGCAAACGAGCUCGGUGUCAUCAUGGCCACCAGUGACGCAGGCAAUGACAUGGUUCCCAUCAGCUGGAAGGAGUUCAGGGAUCCCGAGACGGGAGUGAGCGAGCCGCGAAAACUUCACGAUCAAGGCGACGUCUCAUGGGCACGUCUUACCCUUUCUUAUCCUGCAUUCACUACAUACGAAAGUGUUGUCAUACAUACGUCGUCAUACAAGCAGCUGCUGCUUGGGCUUGUCUGGAUGGGCAUGAAUCCCGCUUCUUCAACACGAGUACUAACAAAAACAACAGCCCGUCAAAAAAUCCCUAACCCACAUCGACAGCUACAAAGUCGCCAAGCCAUGUCGUCCACAAUGGUCAUCACGGCCGCCUCCAAGACGACCUCGCUCUUCGUCGACCCCAGCCCAUCAUGCUGCCCCAGCUGCGGCUUCCUCAUCCCUCCGCAGAACGAGCCUCCGUCCAUGCAGCUCCUCGACGCCCAGGCCCGCAUCGCAGAGCUCGAGUCCCAAGUCUUCCAGCUCAACCAAAAGGCCGCCGCCGCCGUCCAGCGCUGGACAGAAUACGAGGCCGAGCUGACCAAGUUGCGGGCGAAGCUCGCCUCCUCGUCCUCGUCCUCGUCGUCCUCAUCAUCCUCGUCCACUUCAUCAUCAUCGACCACCGACCCCGCCACCGGCCAGAGCCCCUCCCGCUCGUCCUUCUUCCAGGCCGGCGCGACACGCAUCUCCGCCCUCAUGAACUCGCGCCGGUCCCAACCCGCCAGCCCUCCGGCCUCCAAGCCCUCGCCCAAACCACCGGUGACACCACCACCACCACAAUCGACUGAGUCAAACAAGACAGCGGCGAUGAUGAUGAUGAGAACCCCCGGCCGCACCGCCGAGGACUUGCUCGAGGCCCUCAACAAGGAACAGGCGCUGCGCAGGGCGGCAGAGGGCCGGCUCAACGCGACGAAUAGAGAGGUCGAGGAGCUGAGCGUCACGCUCUUCGAGCAGGCCAACGAAAUGGUGGCCACGGAGCGCCGCGUCCGCGCCGCGCUCGAGCAGCGGAUAUCCGAGCUUGAGAAGCGAGAUGUCGAGAAGAAGAAGAGGCUCGACAAGCUGGAGCUGGCGAUGAACCGCAUCGAAAAGGUCAAGGUGCUGCUGCAGGAGGGCUGCGACGCGGCGGCUCUGUCGCUGGCGUCUGAGAGGAUUGAAUGA